CUUCGCGAUGAAGAAGGUCGCGGUAUAGAGAUGUUUAUAUAAUUGCUAGUCGUACAUGUUUUGGCCACUCGAUGGUGGUGUGACCGCGGCAGUGCUCGUCGGCCCCUUGUUUACAGUGUCUCGUGAUAUUCAACACGCCGUGUUACAGUGUUAUCACAAUUUUCAGUACACACUAUUUUUAGACCAUUGAAUUACAUACAAGGUGGACUUUAGCUUUCAUGUGGGCGAUUGCUAGUUUUAACGAGUGUUUUUACGUGAAAAAGUUUUAACCUCGCCUUAUUGUUAUUGGUGAGACAAAAGAGUCAAGAUGAGCAAGCUGUGCAGGCAAGUGUCGAUAGAGUCGCCGGGGCCGACGCUCAAGGAGUGCGUCUUCAGCUUUGAUGUCCCGGUCCCCGACGUGCCCAUGUAUGGCGCCAGGAUCAGGGUGGUGUACGCCGGCGCCUGCUACCGCGCCAACAGGACCCGCUCUGCGUCUGUGUGCAGCACAUCUUCCAUCUCAUCCGUCGGCAGCCUGUCGGGCGAGAUGGAGAGCUUCGGCAUUCACGUGGCCACUCCUGCGCACAUCGGCUUACGCGAUGGCGCGCUGUUCCCCGGAUACGAAGUGGCUGGCGUGGUGGACGCUAUUGGCAAGGCGGCGGACUGUCCCGCCGGCAUGAAGGAAGGCUCCAGGAUAGUGCUGUACCCUUACGAGGGCGUCCCGCACGGCUAUGCGGACUACAUCGUGGUGCCCGACUUCAAGUGUCUCGUCCCGGUGCCGGACAUCUUGCCUCUAAGCGUGGCGGCCAUGUUACCCACUGGAGCUCUGCUCGCGAUGAAUACUGUUUACACUGCUGGUGAAUGCCUGAAGAGGGUCUUGGAGGGACCCAACCAUAAGGAUAAGGCCACAAUCCUGAUAGUUGGCACCGGUGGGCUUGCGUUGUGGGCCUUGAGGGUGGCCACCAACUACUUCAAGCACAGCCCCCUGCACGAGAAGAUUAGUAUCACCGUGGCUACUCUGAAAGACGAGGGGUUCAUCUUGGCGCGGGAGUGCGAUGAGAUCAACGUAGUUCAGUGGAACGAGGAUCUGUAUGAGAAGCAGCUGAUUGAACGCACGACCGACGCGUGCGGCGGCCCCGUCGACGUCGUCAUGAACUUCGGCACCGCCUCGCGCUCGUUGCACCGCUCGCUGCAAUGCCUAGCCCCGGGAGGUGUGGUCCUGGUGACGGAGGACGUGGGCGAGAAGCUGCUUCCCAAGUUCGCCAAGAAGGCCGAGGAGCUGGGCGUGAACAUCGUGAUCGUGCCCAACGGCUCCAUCGAGCAGCUGCGCGAGCUCGUCCGCCUGGUCGCCACCGGCGAGAUCGAGCCGCCGCCACAUUCCGUGUUCCCAGCGCAAGAGGCGCAAGAGGUGGUUCGGAAACUCUGCAACUCCGAGAUCAAGGGCCGGGCCAUCCUGAAGUUCCACGACAUCGAUUAAGGCGGUGAGCUGAACCAAUUGUCAGCCUCUGAUCAAACUGUCAAUUCGGCGUUACCUUCUUCUUGUUCAAGGCGUGAUAAUAUACAAGGCGGACUUUUGUAAUGCUACCUGUAGGCCUAAGAUGUGCGCCGUGAUAACUUUUAUCGACGUCAAAAUGUAUGGGCAAAAUCGAUAAAAUUGCGUGAUAGCCGCUUAUCGCGGCGCGCAUCUUAGGCCUACUGGAGAGAAAGUACUGUAGAUAGAAAAUAGUACUCAAAGAAAACGUUCUUUUAUUUUUGAUAAGAAAUAG